AUGGGCCCCAGUACCGCCUCCUCAUGCUGCUGCCAGGCCCGUAAUCUGCCAUGGGCCCCCGUACCGCCUCCUCAUGCUGCUGCCAGGCCCGUAAUCUGCCAUGGGCCCCCGUACCACCUCCUCAUGCUGCUGCCAGGUCCAGAGUCUCUCAUGGGUCCCUGUACGGCCUCCCAUUGCUGCUGUUCCAUCGCCACACUCUGCCAUGUGCCACUUUCAGGUCUCCUCACACUGCUGGUGGGUUCCAUUUUUGUCAUAGGGUGCUGUAUGGCCUCCCAUUGCUGCUGCCUCUACUGCCACACUGUGGCUCCACACUCUGGUUUUGGCCCGUGACUGCCCAAAUGAGUGAAGUGUGCGGUGAUUCUAAGAUCGACGGCACUCAUCUGCAUGUCAUACUGACUGACAGUAUUAUUUCUCUUCCCCAGCAGACUCCAAGGGCAUUUAAAUUAAAGGUACAGUGUUCUGCACUAAUAUGA